GAGCUACAAAAGCUAGGGUAUAAAAAGCCCCAAAUUUUCUCCGCUCCAAAAAAUAAUAAACAUCAUAUUUCGAAGCGAACGUUAAGAAGAUUUUGUGAGUCUUUUCCUCAAAACGUAGCUACCUAAUUUCUAACUACAAUUCUUUACCUCAAUUUCAUUUAUCGUGUGCUUUAACGAAGAAUAAUGGCGACAUUCGAGCUUUAUAGGAGGUCCACGAUCGGGAUGUGUCUCACUGAGACUUUGGAUGAGAUGGUUCAAAAUGGUACACUAAGUCCCGAGCUUGCUAUUCAGGUUCUAGUCCAGUUCGACAAGUCUAUGACAGAAGCUCUAGAAACCCAAGUGAAGAGUAAGGUCACCAUUAAGGGACAUCUGCACACCUACAGAUUCUGUGACAACGUUUGGACCUUCAUCUUACAGGAUGCAGUGUUUAAGAAUGAGGAAUGCCAGGAAAAUGUUGGACAGGUGAAGAUCGUAGCGUGUGAUUCAAAACUUCUCACACAAUGAAAUGUUUUAACCGUUGGAGAACAUCCUAAAUAAGUUCGUAAAGCUCUGUUGGUAUUAGUGAGAGAGGGAGGGUAAAUUAUGGCGAGGAAGAACAUCCGAACAAGUCCCACUGAUUCGUAGGAUUUGGCAACUUUUAGGAGCCUUAAAUUCCAAAGCUUCUUCUUACCUUGACAAUUAUGUCUAUGUGAUGUUGAUGUUUGUUGUGUGAUUGUUAAGAAUAUUUCUAGGUUUCAGUUUGCCUUUCAGAAAAUCAAACAAUUUACAGAUCAAACAGUAAUUAGGUAUAUGGGAAUCUAUCUGCUUGUUCUGUGAAAAGCUAUGGAAGGACCCCCUUUUUUAUUUUUUGCUAAUGUGGAUUGGAGGAGGGGGUUGAUAGUGGUUUGAAUUAACAAUUCUCACAUAUUAUUCACUUGAAAAAUAUUUCAAU